AUGAAACCUUCCGAUAUUUUUUAUGUUGUUGAGAAACCCAUAGCUUCUAACAAAGCAAAGGCGAAGCUUAAGCUUAUUAAAACGCCCACAAUAUGGAGAAGGAAAAAUCUUGAUAAUAAAAAACCGUGCCGUUUGCAUUCUUUUUCAUUAUCCAAUUUCUAUCCCGCAUGGUUCAGCAUUAACACUGCUGACUUUACUUAG